CAUCAAUGCCGCUCAAAUAGGAAAGUGGGAAUUAAAAGUACUACACUAGGUUUUUCUUCACACUUGAUAUGUUCUUUGUCGAGAUCGAGGUAGAUUUUUACGAAUAGAUUUGAUUGCCAAGAAAAAUUGACGAGUGAGAAAAAUCCGGACUCGACGAUUCGCAAAAUGAUGUUUGGCGUUUCCGUCCACUUGCGUCAGUCCUUAGGGAUGAGUCGACCUUCAGUUGGCAUGACAAUGCCAUGCACAUUGCUUGCUCAAAAAGCAGUAUCAAAGUCGAUUUUACCUGGUUACCAAACGGAAUUCUGGGAAUCCUGCGGACGUCUAAGGACAGUGAAUAAUGCCAGACGAGUACCAGUACCAGUAUCAAAAGUCACUGGUUAUAAUAUCAAUUUGGGAAGCAACACGUGGCAUAACUUCACAUUUGUAGACCAGCAUUUGGGCAGAACGAAAGCGACCAGCAGCUCAUCAGCAUCUCAAUUACCACUAGCGAGGACGACGAGCAACCGCGGCACGCUAGUAUCUUGCAGGGGAACGAAUCACACUGUUGUGACACCGAUUUUGGAGGACCGCCGACAUAACCACCUACCGACAACACGACAUGCGCCCGAGCAUCGAGAGGCACCAACUGUCCAAGGAAACGUCGUUCUUGAAGAUGAAGCCAGUCUUAAUCGAAGACCUGCUUUCGAGGAUCCCGCAGCGAGUCCUUCGACGUGUGAAGAUCCUUCGUCUAACUCCUCCGAUAAUGUCCCACUCGAGUGUGGACAACACUACUAUCGAAAAUGGAUUUCGCAGCGAAAAGCGCUCAUUGGCCUACAGAAACUCCGAAAAGUAGACUGUGGUCCGAAGAAGAUUCACUGGGCCUGGUGGCGUGAUAAACAGAUCGAGCGCAAGAAAAAGAAGAAAUGUAUCUAGGAUGUGAAGAUAGAAAAAGGCAUGUUUGGAUGCUGAUGCGUAAUAUAAAUGAUCAAGAAACUACACAUUUAGUGAACGAAUAAUUGAGAACAUCCGGACUUAGAAUGUUGGAACCACAUCUGAAAAAAUUUUCUGUCAAUACGACGCACCGCAGCUACUGAUAGAAUCAAAAUUCAUGUCAGGAAGGUCCUUUGAGCCCUUACAUCAACGUCCUUAGUGACAGAUGGUAAGGGCGCUCGCGAGCGCGUCACG